GUAUUGCAAAUUUUCUCUUUGGAUUUUCUAAACGGUUGUUUCAAAACUUAGAAUGUGCCAAAUCAUGAUGAGGAGUACUAGUUUCGAAGAAGAAGAGGAAACAUCUGAUGAGGAACAACAAGAACAUACCAGUCCUAUUCAUGCUGAUGAAGAAGAAACUGCUGAACAAAGUUCCUCCGAAGAUGAAGAAGAAGAAAUUAUGCUAGCAGAAGAUGACGAUUUAUUAACCCAACAGAAUAAUCACCAUCAGCAUCACCCUAACGAAGAAGAAGAAGAAGAGGAUUUAAAUAAUCAACAAGAAGAAGCAGCACCAAUUAUUGAAGAAGAACAGGAGGAUGAAGAUUCCGAUUCAACUAAAUUAUCAUCACCUGUUAUUAGUACUCAUCAUAAUAAUCAACACAACACAUCUACAGCUAAUAGCAGUAGUGGUGCUGCUGAGGAAUCCAUUCAAAUUGAUGAAGAUGAUUUAGAGACGCUGAGAAGGGAUGAUCAUAUGGAAAAUGGUCUUUUGGAAUGCGAUGAGGAGAUGGACUACUUGUUGAAUGAUGAGAAGAUCAUGAUGCCACAAACACCUCUGCUCAUUAAUAAUGAUAAUUUUACGACGCCAAAUAGUGCUGGAUCUGUAACUGUGGCUAUGCCUUUUUUGGAUGAUGUGGAUGGUUGUGUGGAAUCAAAACCAUUGAAUGAGAACGAAAUAGAGUGUAAAUUAGAAUGUAAUAUAGUAACAACAGAGGAAGUAUCAGAGAAAGAAAAUGUAGAAUUGGCCACUGAGAGCUCAGUUCUACAGAUGAAUCAGCCAAUUGCACAUAACUCUGAGAGUUUAAUCGAGAAUCGUCAAACAAUUUCUAUUGCAGAUGAGCAAAUGAAUGUUUUAGUGAUGGAAGAUGAUCAGAUUGUUGUGAAUCAAGAAGUAAUAGAGAAACCAUCUCUAAUUCAACAACAGGAAACCCAACCAAAUAACACAGAUAUCAUCUCAUCAAUUAAUUUGGAUGAAGAUUUAGAUAUUGAAAUGAUUAAUGACUUCCUGCAAUCAGAAAAGGGAGCCGAUUUGUGUGAAGAACAUUCAAAGGAAAAUUCCCCUCAUGGAGACUCUAUCAGUAAUCAGAGUAUGAAUGAUUCUUGGAAUACCAAUUACACCACCGAUAGUUUAGGUUCAACAAUGCACCAUCGACAACCAAUGCAAGGUUGUACUCCAUUGAUAUCGAGAAAGAACUUUAAUCAUCAUGCUCAAAGUAUUCCACUGGAAGACUUGCUGCAAAAUUAUGAUCAUCGAAUUGAGUACUCUACAUUGGAAAUGCUUAUUAAGGAGCUUGAGGGAAUAGGUGUUUAUACAGUCAAUAGUUUACCGCUAGUGCCAAAGAAACAUAUAAUGGCUCUUCCAGUAUUGGUCGCUGAGAAAUAUCUACCAAUCGAGCUAGGUGAUCCAAUUUCCAAGUUAUGGUUAUUCAAACACAAUUUAAAACUUUAUGAUAUUUGUCCCUUGUUGUUGGGAUCAGAAAAUGCCUUGACACACUCUCCGAUCUUAUUUUUCUGUAGAGAAACCAUGUUUAUUUUGAAAUUAUCGAGCGUGAUAAACUCAUGGAAUAAUGACAAAUCAACACACUGUGAAAUUGUAGAAGAAUUGAUCUGGGAAGAAAUCAUUCCAAAUAAUGUAAUGAAACCACCUGUGGACCAAUACUCAUCUUGCUAUGACAAACUCUCUCAAUUUAUUUACUUAUUGGGUGGAAGUGGCAACUUGUGGAAAUUUGAUUUGAAAACCAAGACAUGGGCUAAUAUUGUAACUGUUAGGGAAAUACCAAUAAAUCAAACUGGUCAUUCAAUCAUGUAUACUAAUGGAAAGUUAAUGUGGAAUAGCAAAUCAUAUCAAUCAUAUAACUACUAUGAUCCAAUUUGCAUUUGUUGGCAAGAUUCUACAAGAUUCAACAAUAUAUUGAACAAUAGUUUUUACAUUCUUUAUCAGGAUUCUGGAUAUUUUGAUUCAGAAAACGAGGUCUAUGUACAUGGAGAGAACCAAUAUUUAUAUGAGUUUGAUGGAGAUAGGGAACAACUAAUUACUCACCCAGUUUCGAAAGAAUUGAAUUAUCGCUUGAAAGGAGGGGCAUUUAUGAAAAUGUUCAAUAAUACCAUAAUUGUGAUUGGUUCAAGUGAAUUAUAUCUUUUAAAAGUUAAAGAGAAAUCUACAAAUAAUUUGGAUUUUUUCCUUAAUAAUCUAAAAGCAAGAAAGAACUUUGUGGAUUUGUCAUUUAUUUACACUCAUUAA